UGAGUUGGCGGGAGGUGGAGUGCGCAGGCGCUCUCAAUCCGGGGCCCCCACCCGGCGACUGAUUUCAUCGCAUUUCUUCGUCUACUAUCUCGGCCCGUCUCCCGUUUCGUAUCAGUCGCGAGGAGUAACCGACGGGAUUUGGUGUGUCGUCUGUUAAACGGUCUGUGCUCCGCCUCCAACCGAGAGCGUGUCCCGCCCCCGCGCCAGUGUCUCCUACAAAAGAGGAUCGAGAACGAGAAGAGGGAAAAUCCGCCUUCCGCACGUCAAAUGGUGGCCGAGCCGAGCCUCGAUGCGCCCUCCGCCCGCCGCACAUGAAAAGUGGUAUGCUGAGGCACAGUGGUCUCCCAUUCAGAAUGGGAUGCCCCUCUUCAAACUUUUUAAUUCAAAGGUGAGGGUGUGGUGAGGGGGGGAUGGUGCGGCUCCCCGCGGCACUCCUAGCUCUCCUCAUACUGAGUGUGGCACCAUCUUGGGCCCAGGUUAUCAAGAACUUGACUGUCGGCUACCUGACAGCAAUGAAGGGCACUCUCAAGGAUCGCCAAGGCCUGGCAAUAUCAGGCGCUGUCACAAUGGCACUUCAUGAUGUUAAUGAGGAUCCUGAGCUAUUACCAAAUGUCACUCUGGUACUUCGAUGGAGUGACACGCGGGGUGAUACUGUCGCAGCAACACGAGCCAUCACCGAUAUGGUUUGUGAUGGUGUUUCAGCAUUUUUUGGUCCUGAAGGAUCAUGCCAUGUUGAGGCCAUUGUCGCACAGUCCAGGAACAUACCAAUGAUCAGUUAUAAAUGUUCCGAUUAUAGAGCAUCUGCCGUACCUACAUUUGCAAGGACAGAACCUCCCAAUACUCAGGUAACCAAAUCUGUGAUCUCACUUUUACGUUAUUACAACUGGAAGAAAUUCUCUAUAAUAACUGAAGACACGUGGUCAACAGUGGCAAAGAGUCUUGAAAUAGAAGCAAAGAAGCACAACAUGAAUAUAAGCUAUUUAAGAAAUAUACAAGACAGGCACAAAUGUUGUGAACAAUCGUUAAGUUGCUGUCACAGUGGUUUUUGGUACCAGAUAAUCCAAGAGACAAAAAAAAGGACAAGAAUAUACGUAUUUCUUGGGACAUCUAUGUCGUUAAUUGACAUGAUGACAACAAUGCAAGCAUUAGAAAUGUUUGAAAAAGGAGAAUAUUUAGUCAUUUAUAUUGACAUGAUGACUUAUUCCCCCAGAGAAGCUAUCAAAUAUUUGUGGAAACCUUCAGUUUAUAACAAACUCAAUUCUUGCCAAGAGCAGCCUGGUUUUAUAAAAAGGGCACGUUCUCUGUUGGUGGUUGUAUCCUCACCGCCAGUUGAAGAUUAUGAAAAGUUCACGGAAAGAGUACGGAUGUUCAAUGCAAUGGAGCCAUUUAAUUUUGCCACGCCGACAUUGUUUUUAAACGGCUCAUACUUGAAAUUUGUUUCAAUAUACGCCGCUUACCUGUACGAUUCAGUUAAGCUGUAUGCGAUAGCUCUAGACAAGUUACUUAAGAAAGAACCAUUUCUCAAUGAAACAAUCAUAGAAGAAAUUGCAAGUAAUGGGACAAAUAUAAUUCAAACUAUUAUUGACACCCGCACAUAUGAAAGUAUAACGGGUACGAUGAUCACACUAGACAGUAAUGGAGAUUCAGAAGGUAAUUUUUCUGUCCUUGCUUUCAAACCUCGUCAGCUCGCUGAAGAUAACUUUACUUGCUCCCAUCAAAUGGUUCCUGUUGGGAUAUUCCUUCACGGUGCUUCACUUCCUGAAUUUAAAAUCAAUACUUCUGUGGAUUGGGCAAUAGAAAAACCAGAGGAUGAACCUUCGUGCGGUUUCGACUAUGAACUGUGUGCCAAGGACGAUUCACAAAGAGGUUCAAUUAUAGUGGCAGGAACACUAGCCCUACUUUUGUUCUGUUCAACUGUGAUAACAUUAAGUAUAUAUAGAAAAUGGAAGAUCGAACAAGAGAUUGAAGGCCUCUUGUGGAAAAUUGAUCCCCAAGAGCUUCUAGACUAUCAAGACAUUGUAUCUUCACCGAGCAAGUUGAGUUUAGUCAGUGCUACAUCUUUUGAAUCGAGAUGUGGCCCACAAAUGUUUGCAACCACUGGGCAGUACCGAGGUAUUAUGGUGAGGGUGAAGGAAAUAAAAUUUUCCAAGAAGAAAGAUAUAACACGUGAAAUAAUGAAGGAAAUGCGCAUAUUGAGGGAGUUCCGCCAUGAUAACGUGAACUCUUUUAUUGGUGCUGUUGUCGAACCCAUGAGGAUACUUAUUGUCACAGAUUAUUGCGCAAAGGGAAGCCUUUAUGACAUUGUGGAGAAUGAGGAUAUUAAGCUGGACAAAAUGUUUGUAGCUUCUUUAGUCAUGGACCUCGUCAAAGGGAUGAUCUAUAUUCACAGUUCGACCCUUGGGGUUCACGGAAACCUCAAAUCUUCCAAUUGUGUUGUUACAUCUCGUUGGGUCCUGCAAGUGGCCGAUUUUGGACUGCACGAAUUGAAGAACUGCCCUGAGAAUGAUAGCAUCGGGGAACAUCAGUACUACAGAAGUCAGCUAUGGGUAGCACCUGAGUUAUUGAGAAAAAGUCCUCCUCCGAGAGGAACACAGAAAGGUGAUGUUUAUGCGUUUGGAAUAAUUAUGCAUGAAAUCAUAGGCCGCCGUGGUCCAUUUGGCGCAUGCGGUGAAAGCGAACCAGAAGAAAUAUACAAAAAGGUCAAACAAGUGCCUCAACUGGACGAAGCACCUUUUAGACCCAGCUUGGACAUAAUUAGAGACUCUGAAGUAUGCUCAGAUCAGGUGUUGUCUGUAAUAGCUGAAUCUUGGUCGGAAGAGCCUGAACAAAGACCUGAUUUUCAAAGCAUCAGGGUGCGCUUAAAAAGCAUGCGGGAAGGAAAGCAAAGAAAUAUCAUGGAUCAAAUGAUGGACAUGAUGGAAAAGUAUGCUAACAAUCUUGAAGAAAUUGUCAACCAGAGAACAUUAGAAGUUUAUGAAGAGAAGCGAAAGACAGAAGAUCUUUUGCACAGGAUGUUACCUGAGCCAGUAGCAAAGAGUUUAACAAAGGGAUUUGGGGUCGAACCAGAGUCUUUUGAUCUAGUCACUAUUUACUUUAGCGAUAUUGUAGGAUUCACGGCGAUGUCAGCAGAAAGCUCACCCCUGCAGGUUGUUAAUUUCCUAAAUGAUCUCUAUACACUUUUUGACAGAAUUAUUAAAGGUUAUGAUGUUUACAAAGUUGAAACAAUCGGAGAUGCUUACAUGGUGGUAUCAGGUCUUCCCAUCCGAAAUGGAAAUUGUCAUGCAGGAGAAAUUGCAUCGAUGAGUUUAGAUUUACUCCAAGCUGUUAAGAACUAUCAAAUCUCGCAUAGACCAAACGAAACUUUAAAGUUGAGAAUCGGCAUACACACAGGCCCAGUAGUAGCAGGAGUCGUUGGUCUGACAAUGCCGAGGUAUUGCCUAUUCGGUGACACUGUGAAUACAGCAUCGAGGAUGGAGAGCAAUGGCGAGCCUUUACGGAUUCAUAUAUCUGAGCAGUGUAAGCUCGCCUUGGACAAGGUGGGUGGUUACCGAGUCGAAAAAAGGGGAAAAAUCUCUUUGAAGGGUAAAGGCCCUGUGACCACCUACUGGCUCGUCGGAGCAAACGAUUUUGCAAUAAAACGAAGAGAGGUCGACGUUACGGAACUCGGUAGACCCUUGUUUUGUCGUCCAAGAAGAUCGCCAAGAAUGUUAACAGGAGGUGUAGAUAGCAGGAGGCAGAGUACAAUCUUAAAACAACCAACAAAUCCAUUGCAACUACGUCAAUUUGUACGAUACGCACAUUCCUUAGAUCAAUUCCCAUCAGUAGCUAUUCAACGCUCGGCAGUAAAAAGAAGUUGCCAUUCUCUUCAGGAAAAGGGAAUGUCCGGCGAGGUAUGCGGCAAUGGGGCUUUGGUAGUACCUUUCCUUGGUGACAACAAGAAGUGGCAUUCCCUGGAAACAGUUCCAGCAGAGCCGUGUCCAAAGAAGCUGGCUGCGAGGUCUUCGUUUAAAAGUUGGCUCGUUGGCCUUUUCAACAACACUAGCUUCAGGAGUAGCGAUGCGAGCUUGCGUAAAGGGGGCUACCAAGAUCUUCAGCCGGAAAGAGAGAGCAUCGUGUAACUAGGAGAUUUAAAAGAUUAAAUAAAAAUGAAAAAAAUUAAAAAACAGACAAAAAACAACAACAGAAAAAGUGUUGAAAUCGACUACUGUGAUUUUUUUACUUCAUUUUCAGUAUAAGUAUAACAUUGUGGAUUUUGUAAUUUAUUGAAGGGUGUUAAUUUUGUAUGACCUAGAAGUGGACUAUUUAUUGACUGUAAUGAAUUUAUAUUUUAAUAUUGUGAAAUAAUUGUUGAAAAGUAUACUCUGGGGACCUGUGAAAAUGUGAUUUAAAUAUUUUAUUACCUCCUCCAUUGAAAUGAACUAGUUUCUUUUUAAUUCGCUUACAAUUUAAGCACAUUGAAAAUUUCAUGGAUUGAAAUUUUUUAUCGUCCAAAAUCGUCUAAUGCAAUUUGUUUUAAAUUUGAGAUUAGAAUACAUGUUAUAUUGUUCAUGUUUUUAAAACUUAUAGUAAUUUUGUAAAAUAUAGAAAUCCUCUACUUUUACAAUUUGAUGACGCUUUGUAAAUAAUAUAUUUUAUAGUUAUGUAUUACUGUUAUUAUAGUAACCUGUUUUAGUGUCAUUUGAAUCAUUUAGAAAAUUAUAGAUGUAAGUUAUACAAAGAUCACUUUGCUAAACAUAUACAUUGUGUAAAUACCUUGUUUGGACUUGAUAAGCCAUAUUUAUUAAUGUAAUAGUUACCUCGAAGAAUGUAAUUACUGAAUAUGACAUUCACCUAAUUUCUCUACAUAUCAAAAGUAAAUUUUCAUUUUUUUUUUUUUUUUUUAAUUCUUUUUUCAUUAUUUCUAUCAUCACAGAAAAACUAAGUGAUUUUACUGAAGAAGUACAUAUCGCCUGACCAUUAAUUGUCCGAAAGCCAAAGCUCAAAGCACAAGGUAACAUGUUCACUAUAUUUUACUUAUGUAUCGUUUUUCCAGUUAUCCCCCUGAAAAAAAUAGAAAAUUCAUUCAAAUGCUCUUCGAAUAAAUGUUUCCAUGUUGCCAUAAUUAAUUCUAAGCCAUUCUGAUUGUUAUUAUAUUCAUUGAUUCAGAAAAGUAUUUUAUUUUUUAAAUAGAAACCUAUUUUCAAGUGAUUUAUUGUUUAAAUGUAUAAAUUUUGGAUUGUGUACAUAACAUUUGAUAAAAGAUAUAGUUUUCUAUUGGACAUACAAAUGUAAUAAAUAUUUUUAUUUCGGGCUUUAGUGGUAUAAUUAUGUUCUAUUAUUUUCUUGCAAGUUUCAUUUAUCAACUGAUAACAAAGGAUUUUAAGUUAAAACAGAACAAAUUUGGAAAACUGUAAAAAAAAAAUCAUGGAUGAACUUCAGCAGAGACAUUUACAUUAAAGAUUUGGAGGGAUGGCUGUGAAUAUUAUAGAUUAAGGGGGAGUGUCACAUAGUAAGCUGUGCCAAGUAUUAAGAGCUUUAUACUACAUAUUAGUAUUAGCUAUACAUAUUCAUAUAGUCAAUUGGCACAAAAUGUGUCCAACCUAAUUUAAAAUAUUUUAAUAAAGCAAAUUUAAAUGUU